CGUACGAAACCGUGGAAGCACAAUUAAGUCAGCGGUAUUUGGAUCUGCUGGGAGCAGAAGAGUUGAAAACCGCUAUCGGAGAAGUGAAGCAUCGUCGUCGUCGGCUAUGGCAGGCACCACCACUGCAAACGGGUAUAAUUUCAAAGUUGUUCUCUUGGGCGAGGGAUGCGUUGGAAAGACCUCGGUGAUGUUGAGAUACGUCGAGGACAAGUUCAACGACAAGCAUAUUUCUACACUGCAGGCUUCGUUCUUUAAAAAAAAGCUUAAUAUUAAUGGAAAAAGAAUUAAUUUGGCAAUUUGGGAUACAGCUGGACAAGAACAAUUCCAUGCACUUGGGCCAAUUUAUUAUCGAAUGUCUAAUGGAGCUAUAUUAGUUUACGAUAUUACAGAUCAAGAAACAUUUAAGAAGGUGAAGAAUUGGGUUAAGGAGCUAAAAAAAAUGUUAGGUAGCGAUAUCUGUUUGGCCAUCGCUGGAAACAAAGUUGAUUUAGAAAAAGAUAGAAACGUGACGGUUGAAGAGGCAGAAGAGUACGCAAAGCAGGUAGGCGCGAUACAUUUCCACACGUCAGCCAAACAGAAUAUUAACGUUGACGACAUGUUUUUGGAUCUAACUCGUCGAAUGAUACAUCACGCAGAUCAAGUCGAACAUAAAUCCACAUUAAAUAGUAAUAAUAGUACUAGACGAAAUAUCGUUAUCGUCGAGGAUGAGAAUACAGAACACAAUCAACCUAAGAGUUCAUGCUGCGGUGGAAGCAGUGCUGGAACAUCGUCAUAGAACUCAUAAUUAAUUUAAAAAUUAGUCUUUAAAAAGAAACUACUACCAGGUUUUAUCGCUAAAUGUGCAUAUGUAUAUGUAUUAACAAAAAAUUCAAGGUGGAUUGUUACUAAGCUAUUUCAUGCUAGUUUUCUAUUUUGAUUCAAAAGUAAAUUCAAAAGUAAAAUUUUAAAGAUAUAGGUUAUUUGU